AUGUGGCUCUUACUCGCUGGCUGCGUCAUCAUUUUGCUGUCCAAGAUAAUCGUCGAUUGGAGCAGGAGCAAGUUGAAGGUCUACCCACCAGGGCCGCGUGGCUUGCCGAUAAUCGGUAACCUGCUGCAAGUGAACAGACUCGUGAAGGAAACGGGCUUUCAUUUCGGCGCCUUGGCGAAGUUGGCCGAAGUUUACGGGCCGAUACUGCGGCUGAGGUUCGGCCUGGCCAAGCCGAUCGUCGUCGUCUCGGGGCGCGAGGCUGUGCUCGAUUUUCUCGGGAGACGAGAGUUCGAUGGUAGGCCUGACACCUUUGAAAUUAGGUAUCGAUGCCUCGGGAAGAAGCGAGGCAUCGUGCUGAACGACGGACAGGAUUGGAGCGAGCAAAAGAGAUUCGCCCUUAAAGUCCUGAAAGACUUUGGAUUCGGCAAACAGACGAUGGAAACCCUCGUCCUGGAGGACGCGAGGAUGCUGGGCGACAUAAUCAAAGACGGGAUGCUGGACCGCAGAGUCGACGUGCACGAGCUGUGCGAGUCUACAGCGAUAGCCGUGAUCAGCAGCCUAUGGAACUUGAUUGCCGGCAGAAGAUGCGACCCGACCAAGGAGGAAACGGGAAUGCUCGAAAUCCUGCGCAUACUCAAGGAAUCGUUCCGCAGCGGCAGCGUGACCGGCUCGCUCUGGCAGCACAUACCCGUCCUGCGUUACAUCAUGCCGAAGUAUUCGGGCUUCGCCGACCAGAAACAAAGAGUGGCCACCAUGUCGAAUUACUUUCUGGAGGAGGUGGCCAGGCACAAGGAGAGCAAAGUCAGCGGGGAGCCGAGAGACCUCAUUGACAAGUACCUCGACGAGAUAGAGUCCGCGAGCGAUGAUCACGACAAGCCGUCUUGCUUCGAUGAGCUGCAGCUGGUGGUGCUCCUGAAGGACAUAUUCUCGGCAGGGAUCGAGACCACCUCGAACACGAUAGGCUUCACCGUGGCCUACCUGUCCAAGCAUCCGCGCUCGCAGAGUAAAAUCCACCGCGAAUUGGAUCGGGUGAUCGGCCCGUCCGGACUGCCCCGAUUGGCCCACAAGAACUCGUUGUCUUAUUUGAAUGCGACGAUAGCGGAGGUGUUAAGGCUGGCGAACGUCACGCCCACGACUGUGGUGCACCGGGCGCUCGCCGAUUGUUCGUUAUUGGGUUACAGCGUCGAAAAGAAUUGGUCGGUAAUUGGCAAUCUGCGGAGCGUUCACAUGGAUCCGGAGCACUGGCUCGACGCUACCGAGUUUCGGCCUGAGAGGUUCAUUGAUGCAACCGGGAAAUUCAUCGAGGAUCCCUGGCUGAUGCCUUUCGGAGCAGGACGCAGGAAGUGCCUGGGUGAAAACUUGGCGCGGACCAGCUUGUUUCUCUUUUUAGCGCGGCUCCUGCAAAAGUUUCGCUUCGAGUUGGCGCCGGGCGAGUCGGCGCCCUGUUUGCUCGGAGUGAACGGAUUCACCGUCUCGCCGCCGCACAUCGGCGUUGUCAUAAGAUCGAGGUGCCACGACAACGCGGAGGAAGAGUCGGUGGCAUAA